AUGCCUGGUCUUCUCAUCGUCAUCCUGUGGAUCUUCUGCACGGUCGUAGUUCUCGCCAUCUCCUGGUCCGUCCUCAAAGCCGUAUGCGAUGGUUCGCCCGACAACCGGACUUCAACCUCCACCACCACCACCACCACGGCAGCCGUCGCCUCAAUCGCAGCCGCGGCCCCUAACGCCAGCGGGAUCAUGACAGCGGGCGCCGCCGCCGCCUCCCAAGAUGUCCUCUCGGUGCUGCCGGUCUUCGUCUACUCCACGGCUCAGAAGAAGAAGCUGAGCUGCUCUGUGUGCCUGAUGGACUUCAAGGAGGGGGAGAAGGGGCGGUUUCUCCCCAGGUGCUUCCACUGCUUCCAUGUGGAUUGCAUAGACAUGUGGCUGACUUCUCAUUCCGACUGCCCCGUCUGCCGCGCCUCCGUCGACCCCGAAGCUCCAGAGCUUGCCGUCUGA